UCCAAGCGUGGAGUCACCCCGGAGCGGUGCGGAAGAGGCGCGCUCACCCUCUUCUCCGGAAACCGAAUUCCGGAACUCGCCAGGUGAUUUUAUGUGUCCGGCAUCCACUGUAGAAUAGACAACAGAAAAAAAAAAGAAACACUACAAAAAAAAACUAUACACCAACAUAUUUUUUUUUAUCAAAGUUCCUCACAUCACAUAGAUAAAAAAAAUUGAAAUAAAUAGCAUCAAACACAGCUUCAACAGUUUCUGCAUGCUAAGUGUACCAUAAUUUGUCUAUUUUGAUGUUGUGUUGUUGCAUGCCCUUUUAGAAUUUACUUAUUUGUUAUACUGGACUGUUUUACUACCAUUUAUCGACGCCGUUCCGAUGAGUGCGGAUUGCAAAAUUUAGAGACUUAGAAUCUGUGAUAAAAUAACACUUCAAAGACGUUUCGCGAAGAACUCGUUGAGUUCAUAUAGCAAUGCCACGACAUGCGGUCCGGGCCGCCGCCGCUAAGACACCGGCUGCAAUCAUCUUCUCUUAACGUCCAACACACUGACAGCAACAACAACAAUUCACCCAGUUACAGCUACCUAAGGAACAAGUGUACAGUUCUUGUACAGGGCGAAGUGUCAAGUGCGCCUUUGGUGGCGGCGAGUGCGCAGCCAUCUGCCCCCAACAGUCCUCAGUCAAGUAUGCUCCUUCUGCAGACUCAAACCCCGUUUGGCUCGAGCAGUUUUGCGGAUCUGCUGAGUUUCCCGGACGACCCGAGUGCCGUCCUGCCACCAGAGGAUCUUGACCCGUUCCCAGAAGUAGCUUUGCAGUCGCAGCCUCCAUCACCGGCACCGCUGCCCAGCUUCCAGGAGACCUACUCGGUCAGAUACAACACCUUCAAGAUGGAGGAGGAAUGCUUCAACGCCUACCAUCAUCAUCCGGCCCACGUGGCUGCCCCAACGCACCAUUACGAGUACCAGCAGCAUCAGUACACCACCAGCCCUUACUAUCCGCCGCCCCAAUGCAGUCCCGGCUUCGAUUCGCUGAUCUCGCAGGAUUCCUAUUCGCUUCCGCCCUACCAGAGCGCAGCUUCAGAGCUCCACGUCAGCACAGCUUUGAGCCCUCGUCAACGAAGGGCAUCGCUUCCACUUCAACGCUCCGAAUCCACCAGCAGCAGCGAAAGCCCGAAGCUCCGCAUGGCCGGUCCAACAUCUUCCGUUUGUUCUUCAGCCGCAAGUUCGCCGGGUGGUGUCGAGCAGCCGACUUCCAACAAAGGUCCAGCUCCGCCAUCCCCGUCCCAACUGUGUGCGGUCUGCGGAGAUACGGCCGCUUGUCAGCAUUACGGAGUGCGCACCUGCGAGGGUUGCAAGGGCUUCUUUAAACGGACAGUGCAGAAAGGUUCCAAGUACGUUUGUCUCGCCGACAAGGCGUGCCCCGUGGACAAGAGGAGGCGCAACCGUUGCCAGUUCUGCAGAUUCCAGAAGUGUCUGGCCGUUGGUAUGGUCAAGGAGGUCGUCCGGACGGACUCGCUGAAAGGUAGACGGGGUCGGCUGCCUUCGAAGCCAAAAUCCCCGCAGGAAUCACCACCAAGUCCACCGGUCUCUCUCAUCACGGCCCUGGUGCGCGCCCACGUCGACACCACACCUGAUCUCGCUAACCUAGACUACUCCCAGUACUGCGAACCCAGUCCCAUCGAGCCUAUCAUCCCCGAAGCGGACAAGAUCCUGCAGUUCUACACCUUGCUUACCACCUCCGUCGACGUCAUCAGAAACUUUGCGGACAAAAUCCCCGGCUUCCAGGACCUCUCGCACGACGACAAGGAGCUCCUAUUCCAAUCGGCAUCUUUGGAACUCUUCGUGCUUCGUCUCGCUUACCGCACCCAUCCCAACGACACCAAGCUAACUUUCUGCAACGGCGUCGUCCUCGACAAGCAACAGUGUCAGCGCUCCUUUGGCGAUUGGCUUCAUGCCAUCAUGGACUUUUGCAGCAGCCUUCAUCUCAUGGAAAUCGACAUUUCUGCCUUCGCCUGUCUCUGCGCCCUCACCCUCGUUACUGAGAGACACGGAUUGAAGGAGCCGCACCGCGUCGAGCAGCUCCAGAUGAAGAUCAUCUCAUCAUUGAGGGAUCACGUAACCUACAACGCGGAGGCUCAGCGCAAGGCGCACUACUUCAGCCGUCUGCUCGGAAAGCUUCCGGAACUCCGCUCCCUGAGCGUUCAAGGUCUCCAGAGGAUCUUCUACCUUAAACUGGAGGACCUCGUCCCGGCGCCGCCGCUCAUCGAGAAGAUGUUCGUUGCCAGUUUACCAUUCUAAACAACAACAAAAAUUGAAGAUCAAGAGAACGAGUUUCUGCGGAUGAAAGAAAGAGGUUUGAUCGAC